AUGGCUUUAAUCCCUCGUACGAAUCACCAUUAUGAGGACGACGACAGCGAAUACGACGAGAGUGAUGAUCUGCCUGACAUUGUUUUCGAUCAAACUCGCUUUGUAGCCAGCAUCUCUGUUUGGCCACCACGUCGCCAUGAAUUCAGUGGCUUGAAUAUCGAGCAGUUACUAUCCAGCUUCAACAACCUGGAAAUAUAUUGCGACGCCCCUGAGGCAAGCUUCUACGAAUCAACGCCGAGCUGUUCAGUUGACAUCUCACUCGAGGAAGCCCUUCACUUUCCACAGAGAAUCUCCCCCAGAAUACCGACCGAAACAAACAGCAAACGACAGCUUACUCUGGGAAAUCUAAAGGCUAUGUGGUGUCGAGAUGUGGCACACUACUUUGAAUGGGUGGCCGGUGUGCCGGAGUUGCGGUUAAUGGACGUCCAUGAGAAGGUGAAGCUUGUAACCCGCCAGCUGUGCAAAAUCAUCUGUUUAAUGCUCUCGUACUGGACAUAUGGACAAGCGCAUGACGGCAUAAUAUUUGGAAGUGGUAUCUAUUUCACUCCAUCGGAACGCCAAGACGAGACGUUAUCAAGUUUCCUCGGCUCUCUUGCAAAUGUUGUCCAAAACAGUAUCACAUCGAUCUUCCGAAAAAUCGCGAUAACAAGGGAAGAGUACCUCCUAAUGAAGCUCAUCAAUCUCUUCGAUACCCCGAAUGUCCACUUUCCGCCGCCUGACCGUAUCGUGGUUGACGCAGCUUUGAAGAAGUAUCAAGCAGCAUUGGUGAAUCACAUCAAGCUCACUCAUCCAUCGCUCGAUUACAAUGCAGUCACAGAAAGGGUAUCGGCUUUAUUUGGAGUGAUGCCAUACUUGGAGGUAAGAAGUUUGCUGAGAUGUUCCGUUUCAGGCAAGGUGAUGCUGAUUUCGUGA